AUGUUGGGCCCCAGGGACUCAGGGGGCACGCCUAUGACCCCAAUAACACCUGUUCAGACUUCUCCAGGUGCACAGGUAAACAACGACAUGUUUACACGGAUUAUGAAUCGGUUUGAUAGUAUGGAUAAGAAACUGGUUCAGCUUGACUAUAUUCAAUCAUCGAUUAACAAUCUUACGUUAAAUGUUCAGUCAAUGGAGUCACGGAUCAGCGAAAUAGAGUCAAACGUCAAAGACAUAGAACAGAGUCGCCGGUUUGAUAGUUCCUCAAUCGAGAAGAUUGAUCGACAACAAAAAGAACUUGAUUCUCUCAUACAGAAAAUGAAGUCGGUCGAGAGCCAGCAGACUAAGGAAAAACAAGAAUUCAAGGAUGAAAUCCAAGAUCUACGAUGCCGCAGUAUGAGGGACAAUUUAAUGUUUUAUAACAUUCCGGAGGACGCUGAGGAAAAUUGCGAACGUAAAGUUCUGUCAUUUAUUGACGAAAAACUCAAGAUCCCUAACGCUGCGGAAAUUGGGCUGCACCGUGCACAAAGGGCCGCCAAACAAUUAAAGGGAACGAACUUUGGGAUCUCCGAACAGUAUCCCCGGGAGGUAAUGGAGAAACGCCGGAAGCUCAUCCCGAUCAUGAUUGAUGCCCGGAAACAAGGUAAAGAUGCGUGCAUUCGAGUGGACAAGCUCUUCAUAGACAAACAACUAUAUAAGGAGAGUGACUAG